UAUAUACGCCAUGCACCUGGGCUUUGCUAUUCCCCAUCAUCCCUCCAGGGAGAGAUUCAAGCUCGCCUAGACAUUUCAACUAGAGAAACCAAAAAUAAAAUGAUGAAGAGGGCUGUUAUCUCAGUUUUUGUGAUGCUAGCCAUGUUUCAAUUCGUGGUGAAGCAAGGGCAGGCCGCCGUAACUUGCAAACAAGUUGAUGAUGCAUUGGCAGCCUGCGUUCCUUACCUUACCAACGGCGGGGUUCCUUCGACUCCGUGUUGUAAUGGUGUAGGGGAACUCCGGAAUAGUGCCGAAACCACGGCAGACAGGCAAGCAGCUUGCAACUGUGUUAAACAAGCCGCCGCUCGUAUCCCCACUAUCAAAGAAGAUGACGCCGCAACUCUCCCUGCAAAGUGCCAUGUCCAAGUUGAUUUCCCAAUCUCCAAGAACACCAACUGCGAGGACAUUCACUAAGAUGGAAGCCAUCAAGACGCAAAUAUAAGGCCAGUAGGCGUUGCCGCCAUCUAUUCAAGUAUUAUUAGCCAUAUGUCGUACUUGUGUCAGAAUAGUAAUGAAGCACGCAGAUGUUGUAAGAGUUUUUACAAGCCUUUGUAUUAGUAAUAAAAAGGAAUUUGAUGAAAAUUUCCUGCACUUUGUAAGCUCAACCAAGUGUUUGAAACACAAAUUGAUGUUUUAUUGUAUUUACAAUCAGCUUUGCUA